CUUUGUGCAAGUUGUUCAUUUCUAAAACGUAGAAAAAUGAAGAGAUCACUUACGUUUUUAAUUUUAGCGCUAAUUGCUACCGUAAUUGCAGAUGAUAAUAAUCAAAUCCUGGAAAAGAUUGCAAAAGUAUACCAGACCGAUGUAUCGACAUUCCAGGAAUGCCUGGACGAAGAAGAAAUCAAAAUAGAGGAAGUAAUUACUUGGUUCCAAAAUUGGCAUAAUAGAAGUAGCGUCGAGCAGAAGGAUUCCAAUGAAGAAUCAAGACCAUGUCGAAUGAAAUACAAAAAAUUAGUGACUUGUAUAUUACAAAAGAAACAAUUGCUGGUAGAUGGGAAGUUAGUUAUAGACAAAAUAAUUGAAAGAGCAAAAGAAGACAUUAAUAAGAAUGGUUUGCCAGAGAUUUCAGAGGAAGCUCUUACGAAUAUAAAGGAAUGUUUAAAUUCAUUAAAUGAAAACGACCAAUUGACUAAGGAAGAUCGAGCCGUAGGUGCAACGCCAUGUAUAAUAACUAACUACUUUAAAGGCGAGAAACAGUAAAACAAGAUUGUAAAAUGCAGUAUAUCGGCUGGAUAGAAAAUCAUAAUAUUUCCUAUACAUAUAUAUACAUAUAUUAUAUGCAGUGACAGUAUAAUAAAUAUAACAUUUCUGAGAUAUCGGGAUUUAAGUAAAGCAAAACGCGCCAUUUCUGUAGGUUCACAAUAAAUCUGUUACUUAUAAAUUAUAUUGUUAAUGUCAAA